AUGUCGUCGACGGAUUAUAACUAUGACGAGCAGGGCCAAUUCUUCCCUUUCUUUAUCCUCACCCUGACAGGCCUCGUUACCCUCCCACUCACCUAUACCCUUCUUAAACCCGUCAAAGGACUUGAGAACUCCGCCCCUCGAAUUAAGUCCGACUUUAAGCCGCAAAAUGACGAUAUCAUACAGAGUCAGAAGCAGAAGCUUCUGCGAAAGGAGCGCCGUAUCAAGAGAAUUAUCACAGUGAUCAUCGGAUAUGCGGUCAUGACGUGGAUGGUGUACCUGAUCAUGGUGACCGCGAGAUCGGCCCCCAAGAUCUGGGACCCGUAUGAGAUUCUUGGAAUUUCAAGAAGCGCCGACGAGAAAGCUAUCAGCAAACAUUAUAAGCGACUCUCGGUCAAAUUCCACCCUGACAAGAUCAAGCCGGACCCUGCCAAGAAUGAAACUGUUGAAAUGCUCAACGAUCACUUCGUCGAGCUCACAAAGGCUUAUAAGACUCUCACCGACGAGGAAAUCAGAAACAAUUAUAUCCAGUUCGGCCACCCUGACGGAAAACAGAGCUUCAGCAUUGGUAUCGCCCUGCCCAAAUUCAUCGUCACCGAAGGAAACGGAAAGUUUGUUCUCCUGCUCUACGGAAUCCUCUUCGGCGUUCUCUUGCCAUACACUGUUGGGAAGUGGUGGUAUGGUAACCAGCGGUAUACCAAGGAUAAUGUCCUCGUUGCCAGUGCUGGAAGCCUGUUCCGCGAGUACAAGCCCGACCUAUCCUAUGGAAGUAUGAUCAGUACGUUGAGCGUGGGGGAUGAAUAUACCGAACUCCUAAAAGACGAUCAGGCGCAUACCGGUUUAGCCAAGGUUGAGAAGAAGGUUCUUGACUUGAUGAAGCUGUCGCCCAAGGAUAAACACUUUUUAAGCACAUUAGACGAUGAGAAGAGGCGGAAGGCUCUUGCAUUGCUAUGGGCGUACCUUGGGAGAAUAGAUCUUGAAGAUAACGCACUCAACAACGAAAAAUUCCAAGUCGCACCCCCAGCUGUUACCCUCAACAAUGCAUUUACCACCAUUGCUCUAGCGUUCGGAAACUUACAACCCAUCAUGACAUCACUCUACACUUCCCAGAAUCUCAUCCAAGCCGUCCCGCCAAAGUCUUCUCCUCUCCUCCAGCUCCCUUACUUUAACGCCAACAUCGUCCGAUCCAUCGAAGGCGAACAUUCCAAAGCCCACAUGACUGUUCAACAGUACAUGAGAUUACCAGAAGCUAACCGACGAAGCUUGACCGUUGGCAGCGGCCUUCUCACUGAAUCGGAAUACAAAACCGCUGUAUCAGUAGCAAGGAGAAUACCCGCCUUGAAACUGUGCAAAGCCGUCCUUAGAGUCCCUGGUGAAAAAGUCAUAACGCCAAGCAGCUUAGUACAACUUGUAGUAAAAGCCCGCUUCGUUCCACCAGGCUGCGAAUAUGUACCACCAGUUAAGGAAGCGGAUCUUGAACUCGAUGAUGUUGACGAAGACGCCUUGGCCGAUGCCCUGACAGGAAACACCGCCGUCGAUCCAAAAGAACAGGAGAAGAAGAAGCAAUUGGAAAAAGAGGAGGAAGCUGAUAUUCAACCACCGCUUGCCCACGCCCCUUAUUUCGCCCGCGACCACUCUCCCAGAUGGCACAUUUUCCUUGCAGAUGUAAAGCAGGACCGUAUGGCUGUUCCACCAUUCACAUUCACCACAUUCGACAAACCCAUCUUCGACGACGAAGGCAAACCAACCUUUAACGUACAGACGAUGAAAAUGCAGUUCCAGGCCCCGCCACAAGUGGGUAGUUUCCCAUUCGUCCUCAACGUCGUUUGCGAUAGUUAUAUCGGAUUCGACGAGGAGCAAGAAAUUACUCUUGAAGUCGAGGAUUUGGAGAAGGCCGAAGCCGUAGCUGCUGAUGAUGAUAUCAGUGAACCUGACGAAGAUUCCAUCGCCGGACAAAUGCAGGCCUUGAAAACCGGCCAAGCUCCACCACCCAGGAAGAAGCGCGAAGCCGACUCAAGCGAUGAUGAUGAAAGUGACACCGACGGUGACGUGGCAGACGAUACCAGUGAAACUGACACCGACACCGACACUGACGGAGAAUAA